GGGAGUUCUCGCGGGGACUGCCGGGAGCUGUAGUUUGAAGCUGGGAGUCGCGAGGCCUGGUACCGGGAUGGAGGCGGCAGAAAGACUACAAAUCCCAGGGAGCGCGGCGCGACCGCCCGGAGGGCGGGGGGUACGAAAGAGGAACGCGAAGGGCGCCGGGGACAGAGCGAGAUGACAGGUGGACAAGUCCUCCGAGCUCCGGCGUCGAACGCCCGUCUGCUUCGUCCUUUCAGGAGGCAGUGAAUGGCUGAGAGCUUUGGACCAAGGAGUGAGUCCAUCCAGAUCCAGAGGGGUUGAGGACAGCGCCUGCAGCCCUCAGCUCUGGGGCCUCCUUCCGGUAAGUCGGACGAGCCUACCAACAACGGGCCUCACCGUCUACCGUGAUUCGCAGGCCUAGGACCAGGGGUCUGCGGCUUCUUAGUGAUCCCGUCCCGCCUCUGGAUGUCUGCAGCUCCCAUCUCGGAGGGCCAGACCCGGUGUUCUGGAACAUGGCACUCCAGCGUGCCGUUCUCCUGGCGGGCCUCCUGGUGGAAGUUGCCAGCAAAUCCUCGGAAAGUGCGGGCCAGCAGCCUGAGUGUUGUGUGGACAUGCCGGAUGUCAACUCCACCUGUGGGGGCACAAACCUGUGUGGUCCAGGCUGCUACAGGCACCAGAACGAGGACGGCAGUGUCCGCUGCGUCCGCUGCGGGAACGGCACCCACAGCUCUGAGUGCAAUGGCCGCCCCGUGGCUCCCCCCACCGGGCCCACCUGGCCUACUUCCCACCGAGGGGCUGCGUCUCCAAGUUCUGGAGGAACAGUCGCUGGCUGGGGCGCCCAGUUCCCGGUGAACCUGAGCACAGGGACGCCCGGGCAGCCAAAUCUCGGGAGCCCUCAGGUGGCGGCCUCCCUCUUCCUGGGGACACUGUUCUUCAGCUCCGGCCUCAUCCUGUCUGUGGCUGGCUUCUUCUACCUGAAGCGCACCAGUAAACUCCCCAAGGUGUUCUACGGAAGAGGCAAAGCCCCUGCCCUGCAGCCUGGCGAAGCUGUAAGUAACCUGGAAGGACGGGCCGAGCGCCCCGUGUCGCGGGCCCCGGGCUGGGGGCCGCCCGCUCUUCUCACUCUGCCUUUUCUCCUUUGCAAGGCCGCCAUGAUCCCUCCGCCGCACCCCUCAGUACCAUCUAGAAGCAUCUCGAAUUUCCCUGGGUCAGUCCCCCAGGGCCCCCGUAACGACGAUCACAGGCCCGGGCUUGAAGCGACAGAAACGUCCUCUCUCUCAGUGCAGGAGGCCAGAAGGCAGAAGCCGAGUGCGGAAGCCGCGUUAUGUCAGGCGCGAGCGGCCCUUGGACGGGGACCCAGGCUCCACGGCCGUCUCCUCGGUGGAGGCCCGGGUCAGCAGUGUCUGACCCGGGGACCCACCCACAGCUCCGCACACCGCCUUGGAGAGAAGCCGGCACCCGAAGGGCAGGUGCUGCCUGGCGAGGCCUCGGGACAGGUAGUCUGGUCUCAAAGGGCCUGUGGAGGGCCAUGCUGGCCAGUGGUCCUGCCCCAACUGCCCCAGGCCUGGAGACGCAUUUCUGGCCCCGGCUGGUUACACACAGACAGGAGAGAGCAGCGUUUGUGGCCAUCUCUCACACCGGGCUCGGCACUGAUCUUGCCACGUCCUCAUUCGGGACUGAUCUCUGUCCUUCGGCGCCUGGGCCUACGCGCUCAGCUCCUGUGUCCCUUCCGCACCGUGACGCCUGUCCCAAGCGUUUCCUUGAACCACUGGUCCAGCGGCUGAGAGGGCGCACCAGCUUCCAGUCAGAGUCAGUGAACUAAUCCGGGCUUUCUCCCUGCUCCCGAGUUCACCUGCUCAGCAGGCAGGAAGCCCCCACC